CUAAACUCAUCGCCUCUCAUUUACUACAGAUUUCUCAGUAGUGAUCAAGGAACUUCAAGUUUGCAAAAUGGCUUUCCAAAUUAAUAGUAAUACUAAUUCAUGUGCACUUGUCUUUGUUCUAGUUUCUCUUGUUUCUGGCCUGGCUAGUGCGCAGCUCUCUGCUAACUUCUAUGCUAGCUCAUGCCCAAAUGUUCAAACUCUUGUCCGCACCGCGACGAACCAAGCUGUUAGAAAUCAGCCGCGUCAGGGCGCCUCUGUUCUUCGCUUGUUCUUUCAUGAUUGCUUCGUUAACGGUUGUGACGGAUCCAUACUGCUGGAUGACGUGUCGGGUUUCACCGGGGAAAAGACAGCAAAUCCGAACAGAAACUCAGCAAGAGGUUUCGAAGUGAUCGACACUAUUAAAACUCGAGUCGAGGCGGCUUGUAAUGCCACUGUCUCAUGCGCUGAUAUUCUUGCACUUGCUGCACGAGACAGUGUUGUUGCGCUGGGAGGACCGUCAUGGACAGUACUGCUAGGCCGAAGAGACGCGAGAACAGCGAGUCAGAGUGCAGCUAACUCGCAAAUCCCAGCACCAACCUCAAGCCUCUCCACCCUCCUCUCCAUGUUCUCUUCCAAAGGCCUCAACGCCCGUGACAUGACCGCGCUCUCGGGGGGCCACACCAUAGGCCAGGCUCAGUGUACCAAUUUCCGCGGACACAUAUAUAAUGACUCCAACAUAAAUGCAGCUUUCAGAACUACUCGCCAGGCAAAUUGCCCUGUUUCUGGUGGUGACACAAAUCUGGCUCCUCUCGACAUCCAAACCCCUACUCAAUUCGGAAAUAAUUACUAUCAGAACCUUGUGAAUCAGCGCGGACUUCUUCAUUCAGACCAGGAGCUUUUUAACGGUGGAUCUACGGAUGCUCAGGUUCGGAGUUACAGUACCAACAAUGCAGCUUUUCGAAGUGAUUUUGCAGCUGCAAUGAUAAAGAUGGGAAAUAUCAGUCCUCUUACUGGAACUAAUGGAGAGAUCAGGACAAAUUGCAGGCUUCGUAAUUGAUCCCCUGCAGAAUAUUCACAUACCCCAAAGUUUCGAAACAUAUGUUCUUGAUUUAUUAGUGUUGUGUAAUGUUCUGUUUUCGUGUUCGUAUUAACUCAAGCUAUGUUUGCAUGUUUUUAGUGAAUGUGAGUGAUGUACUGUACAAGACCUGCUAUAUCAUGGCAGGGCUUUACUAGUUCAGUGUUUAAAGGAGUGAGUGAAAAUUUACAAAUAAUUAUACACAGAUGUUUUUUAA